GACAAUGGCAGUAUGCACUUCUGGGAUUGGAAAUCAGGCUACAAUUUUCAACGCAUGCAGUCUCAGGUGCAGCCGGGCAGUAUCAACUCCGAGGCAGGCAUCUUCGCACUGGCCUUUGAUCGCAGUGGUUCUCGACUUGUAUCCGCAGAAGCGGAUAAAACCAUCAAGAUCUUUAAGGAGGACGAGACUGCGAUGGAGGAAACACAUCCAACGAACUGGCGUCCUGGGCUGCUGCGGAAAUCAAAGUACUAAGGUGGUCGAGUUUAUGUUUGUACAUAUACAUAUAUUUUAUAAAAACAAAAUAACGUAA